GGGGCGUUGUGUGGACUGCGUCGGGGAAAGUGACCAUGGCUUUUCCCACCUUAGAGAUAUUGGUGUGUGUGUGUGUGUGUCCAUCUAUCCUAACCUGAGCUAACUUCUCUCACCCACACACAUGUAACGUUCCUUUUUAUUAUUUCUGUGUUUCUUUGAGUCUCCCCAAUAAUUGUUUUCUUUUGUAGCUUGCGGUGAAGAGGAGGAUAAUAGCGGUAAUUAAAGGUUUAGUGAUUAUAUGAAAAAGUAUAUUUAUAAGGCGUGUAUUCGUGGGAGUGAUUUAAAAGUCUUGAAACAUUUAUUAUAAAUAGUCUUACUUAUUUCAACUGUGGUUUUCUCUAAUCAGUGGUAAUACGAAUAAUAGGAUUACAUCAUGUUGCGUCAGCCUACCAGUAACUCAUAAGGUGUCAUUCCCUAGCUUAUAAAAUAUGUUAGUAAUUUAGAAUUCAAUUAUUAACUUCAACUAAUGUCCAGCCUAUAUGCUCACCUUGCUAGCCAAUUAUUCCUGCAUUUUUAUUUAAACUCACGGUUCAGUAAAAUUAUUUGUGAAAGAAGAGAGAGAGAGAACUAGCUAAGGUUCCAAUAACUUCAGAGGCCUGUGGGUGUUGAGGGAGAGAGCACAGAAUGGCGUCUCCCUUCCCUCUGGCAACAGGUGGGUCUCGUAGCUCUGAAAUAUUUGAUUUUUCUUUUAUUUAGAAGUGAAUAUUACUGUGUUCAUGUUUAUUAUUCAUGUCUCUAGUGAAGAUAAUUAUAGUGACUGUACGUGUUGACAGAAUGGCGUCUCCCUUCCCUCUGGCAACAGAAUGGCGUCUCCCUUCCCUCUGGCAACAGAUAAAAUUGCUGGUGUUGGUCCCACGUGGAGACAGGCCACAGAGUCUUGGGAAAGUGUUAGCCAUGUAAUGUUUCUUUAGUCAAAUAUAGUCUACUGUGAAUGUGUUGUGGGCAAUAUUAUGGCCGUAGAGAAGUGAUGGAUGAAGGCUGUGACGCUAUUUAGGGAUAUAACGGUGCCCAGAAUCAAUGGUACUCUUGAGGAGUUAUAAAAGUAAUUAUUUUCUUGUGUAUUCGUAGUGUUAAGUAACGGAGUAUAAGUGUAUAUGCCAUACCAGAAUUUCAAGUGCCUUUUCUUUUUUUUUUCUAGAUUAACCACUCGAUAAAGUGUCAUAGUGGGUCAGUCAAUCCAAAGAAUCCCAUCAGUAUUAUUCAUUUAAUUUAAUUUAACAACAUUUCUACAUUAAUAACAGGAGAUACACCAUUGAAAACCCUGAUAAUCAUCUUUAUAGCUUUGAAAAACAGUCGUGAGGAGAGAGAGAGAGAGAGAGAGAGUAUGAGCAUUUCAGUUGAGCCUAUUCUGCCCUGGUUUGUGUUUGCUGCGGUGACACGGUGCCGCACUGAGUGAAGAUUGCGUUCAUAAUCACUUAUUUGGGGUGGAGUGGGGAAAGGAGAGUCAGGAAGUGAGGAUAUUUAUAUUAUUUGACAUAUUAUUUGAUAACAUGUCAACUUUUGUGUGUGUGUGUGUGUGUGUGUGUGUGCGCGGGGGUGGGUGUUGGAUCAGUGACAGGUGGCGCUGCUGGGGAGUUACCACUGCGAGCGGCUGGCUGGCUGCAGUGUUUUGGUCAGCACUGGUCAGUCUUGCCCCACACGCUCUAUUAACCAGUGUUUCCGUCUUCCCGACACCUUCUUCCUGCACCAAGCACCGUCAAGCAUCACCAGAGAGGCACGAGUACGUAAGCUAUCCAACAUCAGAACAGUAUAUGAAUAUGGCAAAUGCUGUUUUGACAUCAUUUCCUGCCAUCCUGAGAAACAGUGAUCUCGAGGAGCAUGAAAUGCAGCUGCAAUGGAAAUUGCGCAUCCAGUGCAAGUUUCAGAAUUCAAGAAAGAGGCAGGAUUCCUCAGUGACUGAGGUGACGUCAAGGAAAAAGAAGAUCCCUUGCAUAGCGCCAAAAGAGACUACAUGUCCACUGAUGUAUGGAGUAAAGGCUAACCUUCCACCAAGGCUUCAUUCAGAAGAUGAUGAGUCAUUAGAGAGACAUAGACAGUGGCUUGCUCUACACUGGAUGAAGAAAGAUCCCGAGUUAGAUAAGGCUGAACGCCUCAUGCAGUUGACACUCUCUGAGAGAUGCAAAAAAAUAAUCAAUGGGAACAUUCUUGUAGCAGAAAUCCUGAACUUGUACCCAUGGAUUCAGACUUUUGAUGGUAUAAUCAAGGAGUUCCUGAGAUUAGAACCACAAGCGGAUGAACCAGACCCAAGAGUAGCAGUUUUGAAAGGGCUGGAGAAAUAUAGGCUCCCAAUAAUUGCCAUUCUCAAAAAAAGAAAAGCAGUUCCUCUGUAUAUGGAAACCUUACUUGAACUCUAUGACCACGAUGAAAGUCAAUAUGCUUGCUUAGUUAUAUUGGGGUUACUUCACCUGCUUGGAGAAAGGAUAGAUUCCAUUUUUACUAAGGUACCAGAAGAAGAACUAAGAACAGGGCAGUCUAGUGUGUAUUUGAUGGUGCACCUGUAGCUGAACCAACAUGUAUUUCUAUGGCUGUAGUCUCAUUGGUAGCAGGGCUUUGUGUUUAAUAUUGAACACCCAAAAAAUUGUGAACAUUUCCUCCAUUUCACAACAUCCCAUCUCUUAGGUAUCAAGUAUGACAAAGGUAACACUUCAAAAAGAAGAUCUCUACUUGUAAAACUCAAUGAAGUAAAGACAGAAUUGAGCUACAAAAAUGCGUAAAUCUGCUUCCAAAUAUAUUCAACUCCACACAUAAUGCCUCUCUCUCUCUCUCUCUCUCUCUCUCUCUCUCUCUCUCUCUCUCUCUCUCUCUCUCUCUCUCUCUCUCUCUGUCACAUAUACAAACACACACACACACACACACACACACACACACACACACACACACACACACACACACACAGUAGUCAAUUACUAGUUAAAGAUUAAACAGUGAAAUAAAUACAUAACAUUGUUAAUAAGUUUUCUAAAAGGAAAAGGAAAUACUUGUACUUCCCCUUCCCCCACCCAGUAUUCAUGAAAUCUUACUGAAUUGUUAUCUUGUGUUAUAUAUAUAUAUAUAUAUAUAUAUAUAUAUAUAUAUAUAUAUAUAUAUAUAUAUAUAUAUAUAUAUAUAUAUAUAUAUAUAUAUAUAUAUAUAUAUAUAUAUAUCUCUCUCUCUCUCUCUCUCUCUCUCUCUCUCUCUCUCUCUCUCUCUCUCUCUCUCUCUCUCUCUCUCUCUC